AAGGUGAACUGUAACAUGGUGAUGGUCGGGCAUGUUGAUGCAGGCAAGAGCACGAUCAGCGGUCACCUGCUCUACUCCUUCGGCCAGCUCGACGACAGAACCCUGGACAAGUUCACCAAAGAAUCGACGGCCAUGGGAAGAGCCUCCUGGAAGUUCGCAUGGGCGAUGGACUUGACUGCUGAGGAGCGGGAGAAGGGCAAGACGCAUGAGGUCGGGCAGGCCUACUUCGAGAGCGAAAACAGGAAGUACACACUCCUAGAUGCCCCAGGGCACAGGGGCUACGUGCCGAGCAUGAUCGCAGGAGCGGCUCUAGCUGAGGUAGCAGUGCUGAUCAUCUCUGCAAGGACGGGGGAGUUCGAAGCAGGGUUCGAGAAGGGGGGCCAGACGCGGGAGCAUGCGAUCCUCAUCAGGAGCACGGGAGUCCGGCACCUGAUCGUGGCCGUGAACAAGAUGGACGAGUGCUCGUGGAGCAAGGAGCGGUACGACGACAUCGUAGGGAAGCUGCAGCCGUUCUUCAAGUCCAUAGGCUAUGGCUUGAGCGAGGUCGUCUUCCUCCCGCUGGACGGCCUACACGGAGUGAACCUCAAGUCUCGGAUGGGCCCUGACGUCUGCAGUUGGUACGAUGGCCCCUCCCUCAUCGAAGCCCUCGAUACGGUCAAGCUCGUCAAAUCGCAGCCCUCGCUCCCCGUCCGCUUCCAAGUGUCUUGCGCGUAUCGGGAGACAGACGUCUACCUGCUGGGGAAGUUGGAGUGCGGGGUGAUCAGAGCAGGAGAGGAGCUCCUCCUCCUCCCCGACAACUCGGUGAUCACCAUCACUCAGAUCUUCUUCGAGAGCACGAGUGUGGAGGAGUCGUCGGCAGGCGACAUCCUUCGCCUAAAGGUGAAGGGUUGCACGGAAGACGUUCCUGCUGGAAGUAUUCUCAGCCCGUCGAAAGGUGUUGGAAGGGCGAAGGCAACCAGAUGCAUUGAGGUCAAGGUGAACAUCCUGGACUGCAAGAGCAUUAUCGCUGCCGGAUACUCUUGCAUGUUCCACUGUCACUCCAUCGCCACCGAUUGCACUUGGGAAUCAGUCAUCUCAGUCAUAGACAAGCAGCUCGGAGAGGUCAAACGUCCGUUUGUUCGACGGGGUCAAUCUGCCGUCCUAAGGCUGGAGUUCUCCUCAGAAAUCUGUGUCGAGACAUACAAGGACUUCUCUCAACUCGGACGCUUCGUCCUCCGAGAGGACGGGUUGACUAUCGGCAUUGGCAUCGUCCUGAAUCUUCUCUGAGCUCCCAAUGGGCCCCAUCGAGCCGAGUUAGUCAUUUCAUUAAUCCACAGUAUUCUUAGAGUUGUCAUGCUCAACAGUGUUACUCGCCCCCCCUCU